AUGGCAACUCCUGUUGUUACCAAGACAGCAUGGAAGCUACAGGAAAUCGUGGCCCAUGCCAGCAAUGUGUCUUCUCUGGUGUUGGGCAAAGGCUCAGGGCGGCUCUUGGCAACAGGAGGAGAUGAUUGUCGGGUCAACCUGUGGUCAGUGAACAAGCCCAAUUGCAUUAUGAGCUUAACUGGCCAUACAUCCCCUGUGGAGAGCGUUCGACUCAACACCCCCGAGGAGCUCAUCGUGGCUGGAUCCCAGUCAGGCUCCAUCCGCGUUUGGGACCUGGAAGCUGCCAAAAUUCUUCGUACUUUAAUGGGACACAAAGCCAACAUCUGCAGCCUGGACUUCCAUCCCUAUGGAGAAUUUGUAGCCUCUGGGUCUCAGGAUACAAACAUCAAGCUCUGGGACAUACGGAGAAAAGGCUGUGUGUUCCGGUAUAAGGGCCACACUCAGGCUGUGAGGUGUCUUCGGUUUAGCCCCGAUGGGAAGUGGUUAGCGUCCGCUGCAGAUGACCACAGCGUAAAGCUUUGGGAUCUGACUGCUGGGAAGAUGAUGUCUGAGUUCUUAGGACACACGGGGCCCGUCAGCGUGGUGGAGUUUCACCCCAAUGAGUACCUCCUGGCUUCUGGCAGCUCGGACAGGACAAUCCGCUUCUGGGAUCUGGAGAAGUUCCAAGUGGUCAGCUGCAUCGAAGGGGAGCCUGGGCCUGUCAGGAGUAUCCUGUUCAACCCUGAUGGCUGCUGCUUAUACAGUGGCUGUCAAGACUCUCUUCGGGUGUAUGGCUGGGAGCCUGAGCGCUGCUUCGACGUGGUCCUGGUGAACUGGGGCAAGGUGGCCGACCUGACCACCUGCAACAACCAGCUGAUCGGGGUUUCCUUUGCCCAAAGCAAUGUUUCCUCUUACGUGGUGGAUCUGAACCGGGUCACGAGGUCUGGGACAGUUGUGCAGGACCCAGUGCAGGACAGCAGGCCUCUGGCUCAGCCCACACUCACUGGUCCCACCAUCCGCCGAGGCUAUGAGAGGCCGGCCACAGCCUGUAGCAAGCCCCAGAGGUGA